AUGACGUCCACGUCGUCGCGUCAACUCACCUCCAGACUCCCGCCCGAGGUGAACCGAAUACUGUACGUCCGGAACCUACCGUUUAACGUCACGAGCGAGGACAUGCACGAGAUCUUCGGCAAGUUUGGAGCGCUGAGACAAAUUCGUCUGGGUUCACAAAAAAACACAAAAGGCACCGCGUACGUCGUGUACGAGGACAUCUGGGACGCCAAGACGGCGUGCGAACACCUCAGUGGGUUCAACGUCGCGAAUAGGUACCUGAUCGUGAUGUAUCAUCAAUCCGCGAGGAUGCGGGAGAGCGUGGAAAAGAAACGGGAGGAGACGCGGCGGCUGCAGGAGACGCACGGGGUCACGGGCGACCAGCGAUGA